AUGUUCGGAGCCCGUCAAGUUGUACAUGCCCGGCUCCGUCAUGCCGCAGCUCAACGCCGUCCGGUUCCCAGAUUACUACCUUAUCUCUCGAGAAAUGUUAGCUCAGUCGGUUAUCAACCUGCUCCUAAGCGGCGUCCGUGGUUGCGACGGUUCGUAUACGCCGGUAUCUUUGGCGGAAUCGGUCUCGGAUAUGGGCACCACUUAUGCCAAUACCUAGACCCGCCGCUUACGCCGGGAUCGCCCAUGGAUGAAUCCCUGACAAACUGGUAUAAUGACGCGGUCGACAAGCUCCCCCUCAUGAAGGAAUUGCGGGAGAAUCCGGAUUAUGUCGAGACCAAAGUCUACGGUAACUUUUCAAAGGAGGAUAAAGCACAAAGGCUCACGUCUGGGCCGCUGAGCGGAGCCUCGAGGUUGGCCUUCCAGCGAGUGUUCUGGAAUCACAAAGAUAAGACGGCUUACAAUUUCGUAUACAUCGGACAUGGUAUGGAGGGAUGGCCGUUUGUUGUCCAUGGCGGCGCACUAGCCACCGUACUGGACGAACAUCUAGCUCGAGUGGCUAUCCAACACUUCCCUGAGCGCACUGCGGUUACGGCGAAUCUAGAUAUCAACUAUCUACGCGCGGCCACGUCGAACGGGAUUUACGUCUUCAGCGCGAAGCUAGAUGAGGAACGGAGUACAGAUCGCAAGGCUUACGUGAUAGGAUCGGUACGUGAUAAGGACGGCAACGUGUGCACCGUAGCCAAGGGGCUCUUUGUAGUCCCUCGAGGAUAUAAGCUGCGGAAAUUGGAAGGCGCCUUUUGA